AAUCCUUCUUGCCUUGUAACUCGAUUUUUUUUCCCUCCGGGGACGGGCGGUCUUAUUCCGCUGCUUCUCAUGGCGAAUCCACUCUAUGGCUCCGGCCCUCUACGGUCCAGGGAAGGCCUCAUCUCGAGGUCUGCGGCGAACUCGGAUGAGAUACAGUUGCGGAUCGAUCCGAUGCACGUGGACUUGGACGAGGAGAUCUCCGUCUCCAUAAAAAGAUCCGGUGCUUCAUGUUGUCUAUGUUCGAAUAUCUUAGGGUUGAUGGUGGCCAGAAGUUUCAUAUGUAAUCAGGUAGCUCAGGAAAUAGAAACGGAAGCAAAGUUUCAGAAUGACAUCAUAUCUCAAUUGCAAAUGACUACUAUAAAAGCUCAGGCCGCACUGAAGAACAAUAUGAGGAGGAUGAACAAGAGCAUUAUCCAGCACGGCUCAAACCAUGUGGUCCAUGUGAUCUUGUUUGCUCUUUUCUGUUUCUUUGUAGUCUAUCUGUUAUCCAAAUUCUCAGGAAGUUGAUGAAAGAAGAUACAGUAUGAGAUUGCAAGGCAACAUGAAUCAAGAUUCGAUUCUCCUCUGCUUUUCGAUGUA